AUGGCGCGUGGCAGGGACGAAGGCCUCUUCAAGUGCAACUCUGCCAUCUCUGCCUGCAAAGAGCGCAGUGCGUGGGCGGAGGCGCUGGUGGUACUGCGGAGGAUCCGGACCUUGGGCUUCUCACCCAGCGGCGUCUCGUACGCGGUGGCCCUGCGCAGCGCGGCGCCGCGGGAGUGGGAGCAGGGCCUGGCGCAGUGUCUGUGCCAGCUGCAGGCGCAGCGGGUGCAAUGCAACGCCAUCAUCGCCAGCACAGCCCUGACCACCUUGGGCCGUGGAAUGGCUUGGCGAGGGUCGCUGGAACUCUUCGGCAGGAUGCGGAUCCAAGAGCUGGCGCAGGACACCAUUGCCUACACCGCCGCCAUUGCGACUGUCGAGCCCUUGGGUCGCUGGCAGCUGAUGCUGGAGCUUCUCGCAGUCAUGCCCUCCCCCGACGUUGUGGCCUACGGCUCUGCCGUCAGCGCCUGUGCAAAGGCGGGUUUCUGGGAAGGAGCCGCGGCGCUGCUGUGUGAGAUGUCCGCGCGCCGCGUGCGGCCGAACGCGGUGUGUUUGAACUCUGCCAUCACGGCCUGCGGCCGCGGCACCAAGUGGCUCCAAGCCCUGGGGCUGCUGGAGCUCAUGGCGGACCAGGUGGUGCGCCCGGAUGCUGUGAGCUUCUGUGCCUUGAUCAGCGCCUGCGCGGUGGGCGCGCAGUGGCAGGUUGCUCUUGGGCUGCUUGCAGCCAUGCCAAGCCGGCAGCUGCAGCAGAGCGAGGUGGGCCUGAACUCUGCGAUGAGCGCCUGCGAGAAAGCAGGGCAGUGGCAGAGGGCCGUGGAUUUGAUGCGGGGCAUGGGCAGCCAAAGCUUGCUGCCGGACGCGGUCACCGCCGGCACCGCCGCCAUGGCCUGCGAUGCCGCGGACCAGUGGCAGCGGUCCAUUCUUCUCCAGGGCGCGGCAGGCCACCAGCACGCUUCGGCCAGGUGCACGCCAGAGGAACUGGUCGAGCUGAUCUUCGCCGCGGCCUCGGCGGGCGCCGCGAGGCCGCAGCUCCUCGCCAUGGUGCGGUCGCAGUUGCCGGAGCAUCUGGCGGCCGGGCGCCUGCCCUGGCGCGCCACCGCACGGCUGGCGUGGGCCCUCGCGAACCUCCAGGUGUACGACGCUCAGCUGCUGGAUGCCUUACAGGAGGACCUGCAGCAGCAGGUGGAGCGGUGCACGUGCCCCACGCGCGCGGUGGACUUGGAGUCCUCGGGCCUGGCGGUGUUGUGGGCCUGCAGCUUCCUGGGCCGCCUGCGCCAGAAGGCGCGAGCUUUGGUGCACACCGCGGCGCAGCGCGCCGCCGCGCCAUUGGACGGGAGGUCCGUGCUCGCCCUUGCCCCGACCGCGACCGCCGCGCCGCUGCGAGUGGAGAUGCAGGAGCUGCUGGUGGUAAACAAGCCGCCUCAUUGGCAGGUCGACUCCACCACGGAGCGCGAUAGCGGUGCCUCCCUGGGUGCGUUGCUCCGGGGCCUCUUCCCGCAGACCCGGAUCUUGCGGGACGCGGCCCACGGCCGAGGCUUGGACGUGCCCAGCUCGGGGCUUUUGCUGGUGGCGAAGACCUACGGCUGCUACUUCGAGCUGCGCAUGCAGCUGCAGACAGGUCAGCUGCUGCGCGCUGCUCGGACCGAGUACGCAGUGCUCUGCCACGGGCUCCUGCCACGCGCCCGGGCGGUCGCCGCCCGGGUGGCGGCGCCCUCUGCCGGGCGCGGGGAUCAGAGCUCCGUGGCGCCGCAGGGGAAGGCGGGGGAUCGAUGGGAGGUGGCGCUCACCCGCAGCCCGGAUGCACGCCUCAAGGCUUCGAGCCGGGCCCACAGCGCCUUCGCGAUGUGA